AUGAAUUUCGGUUAUCUCGCGGUCGAGGCUUUGCGCAUUGUUAUUGCUCGUUCUGCUUUUCAGCAAUCAGAGGAGGACGAGCCGAUGUUCUCCGAAGAGAUGCUCGAAGAACGGCGAAAAGCGCUCGCUUUGAGAGCUGCGAAGAAGGAGGCAAAAGCUGCCGAAAAACCUCAAGCAGCGACAAAUGGACAACAAAACGGACAAAACGGAGCCGAGCAGGAGUCAGAGCUGGAAACGGGCACGGCAGCCGUCACUGCGGUGGAAAAUGCAGCUGAAAAAGCGAAAACCGCUGCGGAAACGGCAAAAAUCGCUGCCGACACGGCAGUGAUUGCUGCCGAGUUGGCAACGGCUGCUGCCAAAUCGGCUUCGGUAGCUGCUGACACAGCCGUGGCCGAAGCUGAGGAGGUAACAGCCAAGGAAACAGCACAGAAUGAGGAACAGAAGAAUGCUGCAGAAGAAACCAAGCAAGAAGAAACUACAAAUGGCGAGACAGUGGCUGCACCGCAAGAGCAAACAGAAGUGUCGGAGGUAGAGAAUCAAGAGCUUGCAUAUGAUCCGAAUGCAUACCCUGGUUACAUCUGGAACUACGAAACGCAGCAAUGGGAUGUAGAUCCUAACUACGAUCCUAGCCAAGAUCCGUCGGUGUAUAAUGCUGGAUAUGAUCAAGGAAACUAUCAGUACGACUAUGGCGGCGUUGGUGCAACCGAUGGCUAUACUUAUCCUGGCACCUAUGGGCAGAACUAUUCUUACGAUCAGAACGCUGCUGGAUACACGCAAAAUGCUGAAGGGACCUAUGAUCAAAAUGUUCAACAGUAUUAUGGGCAAACUGCUGGGUACGACCAGCAGACCGGGUACGACCAGCAAGCCAACUAUCAGUACGACCAAACCGGGCAGUAUUCUGGUUACGAUCAAACUGCGGGUGGUUACGGUCAAAGCGCCUCCGGUUACGACCAGGCUACCGCUGGAUACGACCAGAAUGCAAGUGCUUAUGGUCAAGGUGGCUAUGACCAAACGGCUGGAGCCUAUGGCCAAACCACAGCUGGUUACGAUCAAAGUGCUAGUGCCUAUGGUCAGCAGCAAUAUUAUGACACUGCGGCCACCAUGCAAGUGGACACAAACUACCAGAAUGGCUCAUAUUAUCAGACACAUGCUGGAUAUGACCAAACGGCAACAGAAUAUACUGAACCACCUAUUGGGCUCCAAGAUUACACUCCUAGCCCACAACCUAGCGAGUAUAGUACGACACCAGUAGCACCGGGAGGGGAUGGGCAGCAAAAUGCACCGACGAGUUAUGAUUAUUCACAGUAUGCGCAGAGCUAUGGAACUGACUAUCAAGGCUACCAACAAACGCAACCCGCGCAACAUGACUAUCAAAACAAUUAUACUGACUCAAGCGCUCCUGCUGCACCUCCCAGUUACCCGACCGCUGAACACCCGUAUCCUCAACUCCCACCUGAACGCCCACCACCUGCUCCAGUUUUUACUGAGCCACUGUUUAAAAGUACGCCGCCAUCGGAUCCAUUCUCUUGGGGACAGGACACUCAAGCACAGGCGACGCUCAGUCAGUCUGCUACAGAUUAUACCGAGCAACACUCCCCUUCUCGACCUCCUCCAUCGAGGCCAGCACCACCGAAAUUUCCUAGAACGGGGGCGGGUGAUGAGCAAGUGGCCGCAGCUGCAGCAGCAGCAGAAGCUGGUUCACAUUCCCCUGCACCUCCACGACCACCACCAGCUCACCCUAGCCCUGCAGCUCAUCCUCAUCCACCUCGACCUGGACCGCCAUCGCCAAGACCUCCACCGCCGAAGAAGGUCCAGGAACCGGAGCCGGAAGAGGAUGCAUGGACAAAAUUCAAGAAGAUGACUGAAGAGGUCAACGCUGCGUUGAAAACGUCUGAAGACACCUUGAAGAACUUGGAAGAGACCACUGCGGUGAAGGAUAUCAAGGAUGAGAGCUAUCUAGGACAAAUUGGAGGAACCCAAGGCUAUGACGACACUUACGCUCAAAGAGAAAUACAUCGAUUAGCAGAAGAGAAGAAGGAGGAGAAGAAACUUAAAAAGAAAUUGAAACAACAAGGAAAGAAAGCUCCGUCACCAACAUUUGAUCCGGACGAAGAAGACAACAUGGAUAGAGCAGCGCAGGAGUUGGCGAUGAAAAUGGCCAGCAUGAGGACGGACCUAGGGGAUUGGAAGCCUCCUACCGCUGCCCAGGAAGCGGUAAAACGUAAUGAUUCGCUGUCUGGGAUUCCUCCACGAAAACGAAGCUCUCUUAAAGACGUCCAGCAAGAUUCUGGUGGUUCACUGGAGCUGCCAGCCCAUUUAGCAAGUCAACCCGCGGACAACGAUAAUGUGAAGCCGGUUGGAGAUUUAGCACCUGACGAUCCCAAGCUGACAGCUCCAGCUUGGGCCGACUUUGAAACUGCUGCUCCAGAGCUUCCACCUAGUGAGAGCGGAUUCUUCAGCAACAAAGAAAGCAACAGCUUGGAUCCUUCUUCUGAAGCUUAUGAUCCGUUCAUUGUGCCUACGGAUUUCAAGCCACCAAGAGAUCCGUUUGCUCCUCCGGAUAAAAAUUUGAUUGAAGAGGAUUAUGAUCCAUUCGCAGUCCGACCUGUAGAGGAUAUAGUUGCUGCAGCCAGAGCUAAAGCUGAGGAAGUUCGGAUGGCCAAAGAAGUCCAGGACGAUGUGGACUUCUUUUCGGGAUCGCGGCAUAGCCCAGCUCUUUCAACACCAACUCCGGAGGGUGGCAGUCCAGUAGCGAGUCCGACUCCUCGCCCAGAAGGAUUUGAGGAUGAUUUCAAAUGCGAGGGUAUGGAUAUGGAAACACCGACUCCGCUCUACGAUGAGGAUGAUUCUGAACCUCUCACUGAAUUCCUACCCAAGUUUACUGGUGAUGGUUGGGAUCUUAUGGUUAGGCAUCCACUCAAGAAGAAAUCUUUCAUGGCGGAACGAUUUUGGAAACCAUGUUACGUACGGCUACAAGGCAAUACACUGCUUGUCUACAAUGCAAAGACAGACAAUAGACCAAUUCAGAUAAAUAUUAAAUUUCCGAAUUCAUUUCUGGGCAAUAAUAUCCUGUUUUCUUACGAUGUUUAUGGCAAAAUUCAUACAGUCAAACUGCAAUAUGUGCUUUACAAGGAAAAAGUUGGCAUUCGACCUGGGCAAAUCUCGCGUUUGGUGGACGGUCACAUAACAAAGUAUGGAUUGCCGUUGGAGCAUACGGCACAAUGUACAGUACUGUUGAAGUUCGGCUCGUUAACGUCCACUGAGCUACAGUCAUUUGUGUCUACGAUCGAGGAUGUGCUUUUUAAAUGUCCAGCUAAAAGAGACACAAAGCCAGUUUACAAGCAGGAUGAAGUGCAGAUUCACUGUUACGACGAAUACUCCGCUUAUGUGGACAAGGAUGGCGUGCUAUCCGAUCAAAAAGCACGAGUGCGGCUGUUCUGCCUCGCUUUUGUAACUGGUUCGCCAUUCCUUGAAAUUGGUUUGAAUGAUCGAAGAAGGCAAGGAAAGGAAGUUGUGCGACGAAAAGACAUUUUGCCAAUGUACACUGAACGAUGGAUUCGAUUCGAAGAAGUCGAAUUUCAUUCAACAGUGGAUCGAGAAGCGUUUGAGAAAGAGCAAGUGAUUAGGUUGAGUCCACCAGAUGGCUGCUUCUUUGAGGUUAUGCGAUUCCGAAUACGACCGCCAAGAAAUAGAGAAAAGGCACUUUCAGUCAAGGCAAUAAUGAAGAUUGCUGGAUCAAAGGUUGAAAUACGUGUCGAAGCUAUGGCCGCGGCACAGACUGAAAGAACGAGAGGAGGCAGAACGGCUCGAAGACAAAUACCUUGCGAGGAUAUUGCUAUCCGAUUCCCUAUACCUGAAGCUUGGAUCUACAUAUUUAGGGAAGAACGACAUUGGGGUGUUGGAUCAGUACACUCGAGGAAAUUACGGCCUGGAAAAGUCAAGAAUCUGAAAGAUCGACUGCUCGGAGCUGUGCAAUCCGCCGAACCAAACCUCAUAGAGUGCGCUAUCGGUGAAGCAAAAUACGAGCAUGUGUAUAGGUCCCUAGUUUGGAGAAUACCACGGCUAAACGAGAAGGAUAAUGCAGCGUACAAAUCGUAUUUGUUGAGAUGUCGUUUCGAACUUUCUUCCUUCGACUUGAUGCCCGAUGCUUUUCUACCCCGAUGUGUAGUUGACUUCACAAUGCCUCUGGCUACCGUAUCAAACACAGUUGUUCGAUCGGUAUCCGUUGAGCAGCAUGAGGAUUCUGAUCGAGUGGAGAAAUUCGUUCGUUACGUUGCCAAGUGCCAGUAUAAGGUGGAAAUUGACUACGUGCAAUGUGCUGAUCUUGAAGUGGAUACCAUGGAUCCAACCACCAAUCCAGAAGUUGCUAUGACAACGGUGCCAGAAUUACAUCAACCUGCAUUCCAACCUUCUGAAGUCGCUGAGUUGCACGAGGGGUACCGUAUCGAGUUUAACGAGGCAGAGACUGGUGCGGCUCGUGCUGAUGACUCAAGCUCGGAUGAUGAUGAUGACAAAUCGCACAAAAUGCCGAUUAUACAAAUAGAUAUGAAGAAUUAUGGAUAUUAGUGCUUGUACAACAGAUUCGUAGUAUAAGUAAUUAGCGUAGCGAAUGUUUUGUACAAUAGAUGCCUUGUUAUUUAUGUUGUACGUUAUUUAUUUGCUUUUUGAUUGCUACGUCUAACGAUCGCAGUUCAGUCACUUUAUUGAGACUACAAUUUGAUCUCAUUCAUUCCCAUUCUGGUCUUGGCUUGCAUUCCAUUUAAUGAUGUUCUCAAGUACGCUAGCAUU